UCCUUUGCGUUCCAUUAGAUUCUUCAAUUAUUGGACAAUCCGUUACUCUCAUUCACAUAUUACAAUCUGAUCGAAUAUUAAUUUACUAUGUUUAUACAUUAGUUUUGCAUAUUUGCACACAAUUUUUAUUUCAUGAAAGGAAAGUAAUUCGUGUGAUAGAAGACACCGGUGAUAUUUGUGUAAUUUCUUUUUCUUCCUCUAAGAUCAAUAUUUGCAUGGGAAUUCGGCAUAAGAAUUAAAUGAUUCAUAUUAGAUUUGGUGGAAUGCUAUAAUAAUAAUGAAAUAGGUGGUCGAUGAAGUAAGACUAUUGUAUUUAACAUUACAAAAAUGGAAGAAUGUGGCAAUGGAACUUGUUUUGCAAUGUGUCCUGAGAAAGAACGAUGGAUGAGGGAACGAGAAGGAUUGUUACACGUUUUUGAAAUGGAUGAAAAGACGAAAAAUUCAAGAAAGCCUAAGGCUGAUCCUUCUAAGAUUAUAAAAUGUUUCAAUCGACCAGCAGCAGGUCAACUUAUGGCUGAUCCAAGUCAACUUCGGCCUGCACCAACAUUACUAUUAACUACACGAUACCUUCUUACAAAGAUUGUUACACGUCGUGACCGGGAUUGGGCGUUUAUAUAUGAUUUUAUAUUUGAUCGAUUAAGAGCUAUAAGACAAGAUAUUAUUAUUCAGAGAAUAGGUGUGAUACAGAGUAUUGAGAUAUUACUGCCAAUUGUCCGAUUUCACGUUUAUGCUUCACAAAGACUCUGUGAAAGAAAUAUCUCAGAAUUCGAUAAAAAAAUUAAUAAUCAACAUUUGCUGGAAUGCCUUCAACGUUUACUUGUACUGUAUGAAGAAUUAGAUAGAUUAUUAUAUCAGAAAGAUCGUGAUGUUAAUACAAGCAUGGAUAUGUUGUCCGUAACUGAGGAUCGGCAACAAAUGGAAGCUAUAUACAUUUUAUUACAUCUCGGUAAUAUUACGGUAUUGAACAGAGUUCUAUCCCUUCCUAAAAGAUACAGGUCUAGGGAUAUUGACUUAGCUUUGAAAAUAUCUAUUUCAUGGCAUUUGAAAAAUUAUGUUCGCACUUGUCGUUUGAUACAAGAACUUUCUCCAUUAUUGGCUUGCGCCGUUCUGUGCAACAUGCCGAAAAUAAGAAGACACGCCUUGGCAAUCAUGAGUUCAGGAUAUAACAGUAAAAUGUUGACAUUUCCUGGAAUUAAAUUACAAGAAAUUUUGUUAUACAAUGACAUAAAUAACAUUCGGGCAGACUGUGGAUUAUUUGGUUUGACAUUCACAAAUGAGAAUGUUCAAUUCCAGAAAGCAAGUUUUAAUGAACAGCAAGUACUAGCAAAUUCAGAGAUGUAUUUUAGCAUACCAGUACUACAAGAUUUUCUACCUCGGAUACUUUUUGAAUGUACUUAAAUCACAUCAUUGAAAUUAGCAUAAUAAAUGGUAUAUUGAAUUAUA